AUGUUGCAAAGUGAAAAAUUGUUCAAAUUAAAGAAUCAACAGCUUGGUUUGACUUUGCUGCAGGAGGUGCAAGAAAAGUUGUUGGAAUUGGAGAACAGCUUAAAGAAAAGAGACGACUUGCUGCAGUCGAUGGAACGCUCUAUGAAGCAAGUGGAAGAUUCUAUGACCAGCAGAUAUGAAACGCUGCAAGACAAGCUUGCUGAGUUAGAACUCAAUCAAACCUCUAUUAAUGACUCUCUUCAAGAGUCAGUGGAAAGUUCUGUUCAAGCGCAUUAUGAAAGUGUACAGAGCACGUUGAUGGAAUUGGAAAGCAAUGUAACGGCCAAGGACGACUCCUUGCAGGAAAUCGAGCGUUCUAUUAAGGAACUUAAACGCAAUGAGAAGGAGCGAGAAGAAUCUCAGAAAGGUGAAUUGAUUGAAAUAAAAAAACAAAUCCAGGCAAAGGACAAUACCCUGCAGCAGAUGAUGCGGAACAUGACCAGGUUGGAAGAACAAUCGAAGGUAAAACAUGACGAGCUAGAAGCUAACUUCAAAAAGCUGCAAAAUGAAACCGAAUACAUCAAGAACUACAGUAUUCCUAGCUCAUGCAAGAGUAUAUCAUCAAAACAAACUGGUUCUUAUGCCAUCCAUCUUGGGAAUGGUCAAUUUAAAACAGUAUAUUGUGAGCAGGUCGCAUUCGGCGGUGGCUGGAUUGUAUUCCAGUAUCGCUUUAACGGGCAAGUUGAUUUCUACCGAACCUGGGAUGAGUAUCGCGAUGGCUUUGGCACAAUUGACGGUGAGUUUUGGUUAGGUUUGAAGUAUCUUCAUCAGCUGACCUCAACCCGGAAGCACGAGCUUAUGGUGGAAGUGAAAGACUAUGAUGGAAACUACGGCUAUGCAAAGUAUGACCACUUCGAGAUUGGCAGUGAAGCGGAAAAGUUCGUCCUGAAGAUUGGAAAUUAUAGUGGAACGGUUGGAGAUUCAAUGGCUUGGAAUCAGGGCAUGAAGUUCACUACUAAGGAUAGCGAUAAUGAUAACGAUAGUAGUGUUCAAUGUGCCGAGGCUCGUAACGGGGCUUGGUGGUAUAAUGGAUGCGGCAAUGCCAACCUCAACGGACCGUAUGGAAACUUAUCAAGUCAAAAAGCGAUGUAUUGGUGGCAUUUUAAAAAUGACCAGCGCGGCAUGGCUUACAGCAGAAUGAUGCUUCGUGAAAUCAAUUAA